CUCCCUUCUAAGAGUUGGAUCCUUGGAAUUUCUAUCAGCUUCUGUCAUCUCUAACAACCAGACCAUGAAUACCUUUUUGCUCCUCAGCCUCUCAGCAUUGGUCUGCUGGGUUUCAGCUGACAUUCGCUGUCACUCCUGCAACACGUUCCCUGUGGUUGGCUGUGUGGAUCGAAAAUCCUGUCUCCUGGAACAAGGACAUCAGUGUUUGACCACACAUGUCUAUUUAGGUAAGAUGUGGCUUUACUCCAAACUCCGGUGUGGUUCAGCUAAGGAACCCUGCUUAGAGGGCAUCAACAAAACCAAUGAGUUAACCUACAAUACCACUUGCUGCAGAACAGACUCCUGCAAUAGCUUUGCGCCCCGCCCUUCUCCAGUCCUGAGCCUUAGCCUCCUCACCCCUUUUGCCGGCCUUGGCUUCUGGCUUCUACACUGAAACUCAACAGAAUUUGUUCAGCCCCAGAUCCCACCCUUACAUCUUCCCACAUCAUUCUGUCCUUAGCCUCUUAAUCUCCCUGUUCCCUCUAGAAUGUCUCCCUGUAUUCUGGUGUUGUGGAAAGAGCACUGAAUUUGGAGUUAGAAGUCCGGGCUCUCUACUACUUACCGUCUGUGUGACCUUGGACCUUAGACUCUCAGGGUCUCAGUUUCCUCUGUAAAAGUGAGAGGGCAGGACUAGGUAAUUUUAAGGUCUUUCCCAUUUUUAAAUGCUAUGGUUCAUGUAGUUCCAUUAAUGACCUCUCUCUGGACUUCUUUCCCCCACUCAUCUCAGUUUUCUCCCAAUCAUUUCCCAUGGUCAGGGAACUGUAGAAUGUUAGAGCUGUAAUGGGAUCAUCAUGAAUCAACUAAUUCAGUCCAUUGUUUUUUUUUUCUACUAUGCUAGUGUCUCCUUGACCUUCCCCUAUUUCCCAGAAUUGUCUCUCUCCAAUUCGUUCACUUCCCUCCUGGUUAUCCCCCACCUCCAUUCAUCUACCCAGGUCUCUUCCCCACCAAGGUUUCUCCAGCAGGGAGACUGAAGUCUGUGCCUGAAGUGGGAGUUCUUAUACAGUCCUCAAUAUAGAUUCCAGGUGGGAUGUGAUGGUCCUUCUCUGUAGGGUCUGAUUCCCUGAACUCUGGCAACAGGUACCACUCCCUUAACCUCACUCAUGCCUAGCCCCAUUGGAAUAAAUGUCUGUUUUCCAAAGAA